UAAUGACAAUAGAAAUAGCUCACACUCUACAAGACCAUCUUUCCCCUCCUCAAGACUUGUUCUGAAAUCCACUGCUUUGUAAUGGAGAGACGGCCAGAGCCCGUCACAAGAAAGCUUCAGAUCUUUCAGAAGAUGGAAAAAGAGCCUCGGGUUAGAGCAGGGUCCCCGGAGCUGGAGUACCAUGCCGCACUGGUGGCAGGAGACCUGGACCACAUUCAGCCUCUCAUGGACCAGUUCUUCCAGGAUGCCAACAUAGUGUUUGAGAUCAGCAAGGAUGAGAUGGAGUGGCAGGUGAAAUCCCCAGCUACGUUUGGGCUGUCAGGCCUCUGGACCCUGGAGUACAAGCGGGAGCUCACCACGCCCCUGUGCAUCGCAGCAGCCCAUGGCCACACCGCCUGCGUGCGACACCUGCUCUCCCGCGGCGCUCACCCCGACGCCAGCCCUGGAGGCCGCGGGCCCCUGCAUGAGGCCUGCCUCGGGGACCACACGGCCUGCGCCCGGCUGCUACUACAGCACGGCGCCGACCCGGACCUUCCCAGCGCCGAGGGCUUGGCGCCCCUGCACCUGUGCCGCACGACCGCCUCGCUCGGGUGCGCGCAGGCGCUGCUGGAGCAUGGUGCCUCGGUGCAGCUCCCGGGCGGCGCGGGCCGGGACACGCCGCUGCACGUGGCAGCGCAGCACGGCCUGGACGAACACGCACACCUCUACCUAGGCCACGGAGCGCGCGUGGACGCGAGGAACCGCCGCGGCGAGACGGCCCUGAGCUUGGCCUGCGGGGCGGCGCGGAAGCCCGACGAGCACGCGCGCUGCCUGCGCCUGUGCGCGCUGCUACUGCAGCGCGGCGCGGCGGCGGACGCGCGCGACGAGGACGAACGCAGCCCGCUGCACAAGGCCUGCGGCCACGCGCGCCACAACCUGGCGCGCCUCCUGUUGCGGUACGGCGCGGACGCGGGCGCGCUGGACUAUGGCGGAGCCUCGCCGCUGGCCCGCGUGCUGCAGACGGCCGCCUGCGCGCCCCAGGCCGCGCCGCAGCUCACGGUGCAGGCACUGCUCAACCACGGCUCCCCCACCGUGUGGCCCGACGCCUUUCCCAAGGUGCUGAGGACCUGCGCGCCAGCCCCCGGCGUGAUCGAGGUUCUUUUCAACUCCUACACUCAGCUGCACGUGUCCGAGUCCUGGAAGGAGAUGAUUCCUGAAGAAGUGUACCAGAUGCACCAGCCUUUCUACCAGUCUUUCUUCGCCUUGGCCCACACCCCGCGCUGCCUGCAGCAUCUUUGCCGCUGUGCCAUUCGCAGAUUGUCUGGAAAAAACUGCUUUCACCUCAUACCCCUGCUGCCCUUGCCCAAGACCCUGCAAGAUUACCUACUUUUGGAGCCAGAGGGUGUUUUGCACUGAAAGAGCUUUGCAACCAAGGCUGCAGGUCCUCAUCUUGGCCCUUCAGGGAGGCCCUGUGGGGAAGGGAGGCCCUGUGGGGAAGAGCGCCUUCUGAGGAGGGGCACAUCUGCAUGGGCCUCCCGCGCCCCUCACUCCCAUGUGACCAGCGGAAGCACAAAGCUGCCAAGCCUCGGGUUUGCCUCAACAUGGAAUUGGUAAUGAACAUCCUUCCUGCAUCUCAGGAUUGCUUGUGAGGCUCACAGGACAGCGUGACUACGGCUGCACUUGCUGUUGCAAAGUACCUUUCAACACAAGCUGAACUAACAGGCAUAUGUCUUUUUCUAAGAUCUGUCCCUGACCCCUGAUGAACUGGCAGCACGCCUACUGCCCCAUUGCCUGUGGACCCUCCGCCUCAUAGGGAAGGCCUCCUACCCCCUCCUGGAGCCUGGCCACUGGGAGUGGGUCUGUGCCCAGAACAUGCCAGGCCCACCUGCUGAGAGCACUCUUGCUUCCAUGACAGGGCACCUCCCUGGAGCCUGUCACUGCUAGCAAGCACACAGCAAUCCAGCACUUUCCCAGGAGGACCUUAAAGGGGUGUCGAGUCAGACUUUUGGUCCCAGAGGAGUCCUUUGUCUGACACCCUCAUUCAACCCCAGCAGACCCCUCUGGGCAGUAGCCUGGAAUGCACAGGUCCACGGGUGUUGCCACAGCUCAGCUGAGCCCACACAGCAAGAGAGAGGGGCUCAYUAUCUAGGAACAUGUUGACCUUGUCUUCUGUUUGCUCUUUUCCUGUGCUGUGACAUCUGGGGCCUUGCUGACAUGAGGGACAGCCCUUCCCACUCGCUAGUCCCUAGAGACAACAGACGACUGGCCACAGAGCAUCUUUUCACAUGCAUGCCAACCAGGCCAGAGCACACAGCCACCUUCUUUAUGUGACUCUCACUAAGGGCCACUGUCCAUCUGUCCUGAUCACUCCAGGACCAUGAACUAGACAAUGAGGGACAGCUCCUAUGCCCGAGAGCCACUGAGGUAUUCACACUAACCAAACCUAAGCCUUGUUCCUCCCCCAUCUCCUGACCAAUGCUCAUGCCUCCCUGCAUGGCCCUGUGGCACGGUGAGCCCUCUUCUCUCGGGAACUAUGAGUGAUAAGCAGCUCAGUGAUAGAUACUCAUCUCUCAAUGUACUGCCUUACUUGACCUAAAGUUUUCUAUCUAUCAAUACACUUGUGUGUGUGUGUGUGUGUGUGUGUGUGUGUGUGCAUGCGUGCGUGUGCUGAGGAUGGAACCCAGGGCUUCCCUCAUGCUGGGCAGGCACUCUGCCACUGAGCUACAGCCCCAGCCCAGCACACUAUAUUUCAAAGCAAGAACUCUUUAUGGUCAUCAUAUGAGGAUAAGCAGUGGCCCCUUUGCUUUCCAAUUAAAGCCAGAGCAAGACCCCAGAGGCCAGGGCACACACUCCUACUGUCACUGUCUGGAAGCAAGUUCAGGCCCCAGGACGCAGCUAUAGCUUAAGAUGGGAUGCUGUGUGCACCACGGGUGAGUAAAACCCCCUGGCAAGAAGGGUCCAUCCAUGAGGUGGGCCACCAUGAAGGAGAAGACAGGCUGAGCCUGGGUCGAUGGUCACAUUUUGACACACUGGACCUUCCAAGAGAGUGAUAAGACAGCUUGUCAUCUUCCAACUCCUCCAGAUGACYCAUCCCCAUCUCCAUCCCACCCUUUGAUCAUGGACAAUUGACCUGUCCUUCAAAGGGGAUAUGUAAACACUGUUUCCAGACCCCAGAGGCCCCCAACCCAAGUAGAUAACUCUCCCAGGACCCUCCAGGUGUCAUCACUGGACCCAAAGGAGAACUUGAAUGGUGUCAUUGGUGCAGGAAAGUGCAGGGCAUGAUGGAUGGACGGCCAGAAGAAAAGGUCCCCAUCCUUUGGYAGGUGGAAGGAAGCAGGGCUAGAGAUGGGGGUUACAAAUCAGGAGGCCCUGGGCCUCCAGAGCAAGGCUUCUGAACCUCACUGGACAGGUAUAAGGAACCAGAGGGCAGGUGAACAGUUACAGUCAAAAGGUGAUGCUAGAAAGAUUGCUUUGUCCUGGAAGGGGAUACAGUACACUGUACAUUGCAUAGCCCAUGGUUAACAGCCUACAGAUGGAUUCAGAACUGUGUUUCUCCACUGAGCAGCAGAGACAGAUACUGAAGUGAAACCAGCUGCAAUUGGCUCACCUGGAAGGCAGCUCUCACUAGCUUAGGGACUCAUGAGAUGAAAUGGUAUAAGGCAGGUCUUCUGCAGCCCCAAGUGAUCUUGCUGAAAUGUAUCCAGCCACAGGUGUUUUUUUAUAA